CGGGAUUCAGGAAGCGCCGCUCCAGCCGCCGGCGCCCAGCCGUCCCGAGGGAGCCCCAGGCCUGUUAGCAGCCACCACUCCAGUUCCCACAGCCUCUGACAACCACCAGUCUGCUGUGCUGUGGACCUGCAUCUCAUAAGGAGAGAGCCCCUCAGGAGGCGGCCUUUUGUGUCUAUACAACCACACUCCUGCUGCCAUGUCAAGUUCCCAGGCCGGAGACCCCUGAAGAUGCCCCCAUUUUGGCAAGAGCUGUGAGAGGUCUCUGUGUGACUUGUCUGGGCCCAGUCCUCCAGGGCUCACAGAAUAGCGUGGUGACUGCUGGCUGCUGUGGCCACGUUGGCCUCGCCUUCCUUGGGGCUGCAGGCUGAGCAGCAAGACAGAUCUGGGGCCAGCAUGGCAGAUCCUGGCGACAGCCCCCGUGCAGCACCUGGGGAGGUGACCGAUCCCCCCGGGGAUGAGAAUGGCACCUCUGGUGGGGAGGCCUUCCCCCUCUCUUCACUGGCCAAUCUGUUUGAGGGAGAGGAAGGCUCCCCUUCACUCUCACCGGCUGAUGUUGGUCGCCCUGCUGGCCCAAGUGACGGUCGCCCGAAUCUGCGAAUGAAGUUCCAGGGUGCCUUCCGCAAGGGGGUGCCCAACCCUAUCGACCUGCUGGAAUCCACCCUGUAUGAGUCCUCUGUGGUGCCUGGGCCUAAAAAAGCACCAAUGGACUCACUGUUUGACUAUGGCACCUACCGUCACCACCCCAGUGACAACAAGAGGUGGAGGAGGAAGGUCAUGGAGAAGCAGCCACAGAGCCCCAAAGCUCCCGCACCCCAGCCACCCCCCAUCCUUAAAGUCUUCAACCGGCCCAUCCUCUUUGACAUCGUGUCCCGGGGCUCCACCGCUGACCUGGAUGGACUGCUGCCCUUCUUGCUGACCCACAAGAAGCGCCUGACUGAUGAGGAGUUUCGGGAGCCCUCCACAGGGAAGACUUGCCUGCCCAAGGCCCUGCUGAACCUGAGUAAUGGCCGCAAUGACACCAUCCCUGUGCUGCUGGACAUUGCAGAGCGCACAGGCAACAUGCGUGAGUUCAUCAACUCGCCCUUCCGAGACAUCUACUACCGAGGCCAGACCUCCCUGCACAUCGCCAUCGAGAGGCGCUGCAAGCACUACGUGGAACUGCUGGUGGCCCAGGGGGCAGAUGUGCAUGCCCAGGCCCGAGGGCGCUUCUUCCAGCCCAAGGAUGAGGGCGGUUACUUCUACUUCGGGGAGCUGCCCCUGUCACUGGCAGCCUGCACCAACCAGCCACACAUCGUCAACUACCUGACUGAGAACCCCCACAAGAAGGCUGACAUGCGGCGACAGGACUCCCGGGGCAACACCGUGCUGCAUGCGUUGGUGGCCAUUGCAGACAACACCCGGGAGAACACCAAGUUCGUCACCAAGAUGUAUGACCUGCUGCUGCUCAAGUGCUCCCGCCUCUUCCCCGACAGCAACCUGGAGGCCGUGCUCAACAACGAUGGCCUCUCCCCACUCAUGAUGGCUGCCAAGACAGGCAAGAUUGGGGUCUUUCAGCACAUCAUCCGGCGGGAGGUGACGGACGAGGACACGCGGCACCUGUCCCGCAAGUUCAAGGACUGGGCCUAUGGGCCGGUGUAUUCUUCGCUCUACGACCUCUCGUCCCUGGACACGUGUGGAGAGGAGGUGUCUGUGCUGGAGAUCCUGGUCUACAACAGCAAGAUUGAGAACCGCCAUGAGAUGCUGGCCGUGGAACCCAUCAACGAGCUGCUGCGGGACAAAUGGCGCAAGUUUGGGGCCGCAUCCUUCUACAUCAAUGUGGUGUCCUAUCUGUGUGCCAUGGUCAUCUUCACCCUCACUGCCUACUACCAGCCACUGGAGGGCACACCGCCCUAUGCUUACCACAGCACUGUGGACUACCUGAGGCUGGCCGGUGAGGUCAUCACCCUCUUCACAGGGGUCCUGUUCUUCUUCACCAGUAUCAAAGAUUUGUUCAUGAAGAAAUGCCCCGGAGUGAAUUCUCUCUUCGUUGAUGGCUCCUUCCAGCUGCUCUACUUCAUCUACUCGGUGCUGGUGAUUGUCUCUGCGGCACUCUACCUAGCAGGGAUCGAGGCCUACCUGGCUGUCAUGGUCUUUGCCCUUGUCCUGGGCUGGAUGAAUGCCCUUUACUUCACCCGCGGGCUGAAGCUGACGGGCACCUACAGCAUCAUGAUCCAGAAGAUCCUCUUCAAAGAUCUCUUCCGCUUCCUGCUGGUCUACCUACUCUUCAUGAUUGGCUACGCUUCAGCCCUGGUCACCCUCCUGAACCCAUGCACUAACAUGAAGGUAUGUGAUGAGGACCAGACCAACUGCUCAGUUCCCACGUACCCAGCGUGCCGAGACAGCGACACCUUCAGUACCUUCCUGCUGGACCUCUUCAAGCUCACCAUCGGCAUGGGCGACCUGGAGAUGCUGAGCAGUGCCAAGUACCCCGUGGUCUUCAUCCUCCUGCUAGUCACCUACAUCAUCCUGACCUUUGUGCUGUUGCUUAACAUGCUCAUCGCCCUCAUGGGCGAGACCGUGGGCCAGGUCUCCAAGGAGAGCAAGCACAUCUGGAAGCUGCAGUGGGCCACCACCAUCCUGGACAUAGAACGCUCCUUCCCUGUGUUCCUGAGGAAGGCCUUCCGCUCUGGAGAGAUGGUGACUGUGGGCAAGAGCUCGGAUGGCACUCCAGACCGCAGGUGGUGCUUUAGGGUGGACGAGGUGAACUGGUCUCACUGGAAUCAGAACUUGGGCAUCAUCAAUGAGGACCCGGGGAAGAGCGAGACCUACCAGUACUACGGCUUCUCACACACCGUGGGCCGCCUGCGGAGGGAUCGCUGGUCCUCAGUUGUGCCCCGUGUGGUGGAGCUGAACAAGAGCUCAAGCCCAGACGAUGUGGUGGUGCCACUGGACAACCUAGGGAACGCCAGCUGCGACAGCCACCAGCAGAGUCACGGCCCCAAGUGGAGGACCGAGGAUGCCCCACUCUAGGGGCUAUGGCAGGGCAGGGCUGCAGCUCAGUCUCGGCCCCACCCCCACUGUGUCCACCCACAUUUCAGCCAUCCUCCUGUGUCCCCAGAGGUGAGGGCCCGUGGAGACUUGGGGAGGCCCCAAGACCCUCUGGUCCCAGGCUUUUGCUCCCACCUCUACUACGCCCUGGGAUGGAGCUGAUGCCACUGUCUCACUCCCAUGGAGUUACCUAAGCCAAAGCAGGGCCCAUCCACCCACAGGGCUCAGGCCUCUGCCCCCAUUCUGUGUUAUUUAUUGCUCUGCUCUCAGGAAAAUGGCACAGCAGGACUCAUACUCCCAAUUAGAACCUGGCUGGGGCCUCAGCCCCUCACCCAGGAACAACACAGCCAUGCCCCAGCCCUGGCUUGUACAUACCUGGGGUUUGGGGUUCAGCUGUGGCCCUGGCUGGGGUGGGUCUUCUGUGCUGUGUUAGAGUCUGGGGCUGUUGGUGCUCAAUAAAUGUU